CACAUUACAUGGACUUCGUUCAUUGCUAACAGCUGUGUAACAUUGUCGAAGUUUCGUUUUCAGCCGAAAAAACAAGUAAUUUCUUCGUACUUUCCAAAUCAAAACUUAAGAUCCUCAGUCAGUAUUAAAAAGUCGGACGGAGUAUAAAAUAGUCGGGCAUUCGCGCUUCUUAUCAGCUGACAGCAUUAGACAUUUUAAAUGCAAACUAAUAUGUGUUCAUAGACUAUGCAUUAUCUAUUGAACCGUUAUUAAAAGUGUUACACUAUGGCGGAUGGGACUUUGGUCUUUGGAGCGAAUCUAAACGCGAGUUGUUUGACCUCUCGAGCAAAGAAAGUCAACAACAACAGCAUUUCAGCAGCAGCGAACAUGAGGAGAAAGACACGACAGAGCAACAGAAGAGACAUUCACAGCCGGGUCGUCUUGGAGAAGGUCCUGGGCAUCACUGCCUCCAGCAGCAGUGCUUUGACCUGUGACCCCAACACUGGUUUAGUAGCAUAUCCUGCAGGUUGUGCGAUCGUCAUCCUGAGCCCAAAGAAAAACAAGCAGACUCAUAUUUUUAACACAUCCAGGAAAACCUUCAGUGCCUUGGCUUUCUCACAGAAUGGAAAAUAUUUGGUCACUGGUGAGAGCGGGCACAUGCCCUGUGUGCGGGUGUGGGACGUGGCAGAGCGGACACAGGUGGCAGAGGUCCAGUGUCAUAAGUAUGGGGUGGCGUGUGUAUCUUUCUCCCCCAACGGAAGCUACAUAGUGUCUGUGGGAUACCAGCACGACAGGACGGUCAGCGUCUGGGAGUGGAAGAAGGGGACUGUUAUAGCAUCCAACAAGGUGUCCAGCCGUGUGCUUGCUGUAUCUUUCUCGGAGGACAACAGCUACUUUGUAACCGCAGGGCACAGGCAUGUGAGGUUCUGGUACCUUGAUGCCUCAAAGGAAAGAAGGGUGAACAGCACAGUUCCUCUGAUUGGUCGCUCAGGGUUGCUCGGGGAGCAUCAGAACAGUCAGUUCUGUGGUUUGGCGUGUGGCCGUGGCUCUAUGGCCAGCAGCACCUACUGUAUCACACACACGGGUCUGCUGUGCCAGUUCAACAGCAACAGACAACUGGACUCCUGGGUGGAUCUCAAGACGACGUCAGCACAGUGCUUAUCGGUGAGCGAGACGUUUGUCUUCUGCGGCUGUGCUGAUGGCACAGUGCGUGUGUUCAGCCCACAGGACCUGCGUUACAUCACCACACUGCACCGGCCACACUGCUUGGGAGUAGAUGUGUCUCAGGGCACCCAGCCAGGGCAUUUGUUUGGCGCAAACCCAGAAGCACAGUAUCCAGAUACGCUGGCUUUAACCUUUGACCCUGUGACCAGGCACUUGACGUGUGUGUAUAAUGACCACAGUGUGUAUGUGUGGGAUGUGCGGGACGUUCAGAGCGUUGGCAAGGUCUAUUCAGCUCUGUACCACAGCGGCUGUGUGUGGAGUGUGGAGACCUACCCUGAGCUUGAAGAUUCAUCUGCGGCGUGUUUGUCCCCCGGUUCUUUCCUCACCUGUUCAUCCGAUAACACCAUCCGCCUGUGGAAGAGUGAUUCAGGACAUGGCCUUCGCAACAACCUUUACAGCCAGGAUAUCGUAAGGAUCGUGUAUGUGGACGAUGACACACAGUACCUCAAAGCUGAGGCUGAGAAAGCCGAGGGAGCAAGCCAGGAUGGUAAAUCUGGGAUCAGGGUGAUGGGAAUCAGCCCAGAUGGCCAACAUUUGGCCGCCGGAGACCGCAGUGGAAACCUGAGAAUCUUCGGCUUGCAGUUUAUGGACGAGCUGCAGAAAAUCGAGGCUCAUGAUUCGGAGGUUUUGUGUCUAGCCUUCUCCCCUACUGAGACUGGUUUGCAUCUGUUGGCUUCUGCGAGUCGUGAUCGGCUCAUUCACAUUUUUGACAUGGAGAACAAAUGCAAUUUAGUGCAGACAGUUUAUGAUCAUUCGGCCUCCAUCACUGCCAUCAAGUUUACUGGAUUGAGUUCAGAGUUGUGUAUGGUUAGCUGUGGAGCUGAUAAGAGCAUCUAUUUUCGAUCUGCUGAAAAGACCUCUGAAGGCUUGAACUUCUCACGAUCUCAUCACAUAGUGGAGAAGAGCACACUGUAUGAUAUGGACCUGGACGCCACACGCACACACACGGCCAUCGCAUGCCAAGACCGCAACGUUAGAGUUUACAAUGUGCAGAGUGGCAAGAUGAAAAAGUGUUUCAAGGGCUCCUUGAAUGAUGAUGGGACACUGCUUAAGGUUCAGUUGGAUCCCUCUGGGAUGUUUUUGGCCACCAGUUGUUCAGACAAAAAUAUCUGUAUCUUUGACUAUGAGUCAGGCGAAUGUGUAGCCACCUUAUUUGGACAUUCGGAAAUUGUUACGGGUAUGAAGUUCAGCCAGGACUGCCGGCAUCUGAUUACAGUCUCUGGUGACAGCUGUGUGUUUGUGUGGCGGUUGGACUCUCAGAUGACCAACUCCAUGAGGAAGAGGCUGGCAGAGAGGAAGCAGCAAGCAGGUCUGACGGUUCAGCGGGCCCCCAGCAAACAGCAAGCCAUCCGGAGAGAGACCUACAUCACUGUACCCUGUAAUGUGUUGCCUCACAUGGAGGAGGAAGAGGAGGGCAGCUUGAUGCCGGAGGAGACUCCAGAAGAUUGUGUGGAGGACUGCAGAACUCCCGACAGGCUCGAUUCCACUGAUGCAUCUGUGGAUUCUUUGGUGCUGCAAACCAAUGGCAAAAUGCCCAUGUGGGUUCGAAGACUGGGUGGCAGAGGUGAAAAUGAUGGUGGUGACGUAGCGAAUAGAUCUCAGUACCAGCCACAGGGACGCUGGGCAGUGCAGUCAAAUCCAUUAGCCAUCCGCACAGUACUGGAGAUGAAGAGCAUGCAGCUUCCCCUCUCACACACUCCCUGCAGAGCCGUGGGAGAGGAAGAAUUUGAGAAAGACUCUCGCUUUCACCCUCAGAGUUUCAACAGUCUGCUGGAUGAAGAUGUUGACGAUGAGCUAGAGGAGGAGGACAAGAUUUGCUGUGAUUCCCGAGAUGGGCUUAGCUCUUCGCUCAAGGAGCCACAUUUUCUGCAAUUGCCACAUGGAGAGGAGAACUUUCAUCCAGAGCUCAGCUCACCAGACAAGACCGGCUACAUUUUGUACCCAGCAAACAGCACUGCUCUGUCCACAGGAGAAGGAGAGUUUGAUGUUAAAGCUCUGUGUCAGGGUGCAUGUGAUGACCCUGAGGAAGAGGAGCUAAGUCCAGAUAGUGCUUGUUCAGCUGAGAGUCCAGCCUCCCAUAGCAACCAUCCCCAUGACCAGGAAACCGACUCCCUCAGUCAAGUGAGCUCCACAGGAAGCUCAGGAGUUGAAGAGGAUGAAGAAGAAUCUGGAACUUUGCUUCACCAACAUUUUGACUCUCUGGGUGUGGCGGCUAAUGAAAAGUUCAACACUGAUUCAAGCAGUCUGCAGCCCCCAACAGACAAUAACUUCCUCAAUCCUCGUCUCAGCAUCUCCACGCGCUUCCUCUCACGCUUUCAGAGCCGCUUUCGCACUAUUGGGACUAGUGGCAGUACUGUUUGCAGGCCUGCAGCCUGCCUGCCCUGUAUACCGGAUGAAUCCAGUGAUAGCUGUCUAGCCCUUGAUGGAACAAUGGACAAGUCCAAGGUUCUUUCAAACAACAGUGGACUCCUCGAGAACGAGAAAAGUGAAAUCACAAACAAGAGCAAUCAGUCCAAAGCUCAUGUUGCCGUCAACACUACAUGCAUUCUCACCACCAAAUCUACCAGCAGUGCCUGUGACUCAUCUGUAACGCGCUCCCGCCAAAGCUACAUGGGUCCCACCGCAAGCUCCCGAGCAAAGAUAACCCAGAGCAACUCGGUGGAGAGUUUGAACGUGUGUACAUUAGAGGAAGUGCAGUUAAACACCCCGUCUUUGUCUCUGGACCUAAGUGUGGAUCAAAGCAAAGAGAACAUUGUUCCUCCUUCCUCUUCAGUUGUGUCCUCUGGAUCAUCUCAUCCCACACCAGCUCUCUCUACUCCUGCCUUGGGGAACCACAGUGCCCGGGCGGCUCUUCGAUUAGACCUCGCGGGCCCCAGUCGUGCCAGUUUAUCACCAGUGUCCCUCAAGAGCCGUCUAGGGAAAGCUGAACGUGCCGAGUCUCCGCGUCGACAGGCUCUGGUGACGCCCACAGAGAUGCGGUCACUGGGCAAGGAGUGUCGGAAACACAUGGUCAAUAUUGAACAGAGUUUGGUUACUAAGACUUCAAGCAGGUUCUCAACUGGGUCUGAAGUAUUUGCCAGGAACUCUGCGGUGUCAGAAACCAGUCAUUCUGUGGUUGAAGACCUGCAGUUUACAGAGUCAUGUGGGAAUCCACUGGCUAGCGAUCAGACGAACUCUGAAGAUGCUACAGAAAACCACUGCACUGAAGAGGACACAGGAUUUUCCGCGGAGUCAAUGAGUGUCCAGAUGUGUAAGGAGAUGGUAAAUGAACUCUGGCAGACCAUCCAUAAAGCAACUGGCUUUUAUAACAAGUUGUGCUCUGUCCCGGAUCUGUCGGAGCAGCAGGAGCAGAUGAAGAGUGUUUUGCAGGAGGUGUUUGUGGGGGUACAGAGUGAGCUGAACUCUCUGUGCCCACAAGAGACACGCCCCUCGCCCCAAAGCACCCGUCCCAUACCGGAGGACUCUCCUGGCCGUCAGCUCCGGGACGACAGAGCUGUGGCCCUCCUGGAGAAAUAUUCAGAGAUGCUCUUACUCCGAAUGACUGAAAAAGGAGCACAGGCCACACUGGAGUAACGCUCCGCUCCUAUCCUUCGAUUGGCAAAAAUGAGCUUCUAAUGGCAUAUCCAUAAGCACCUUUAAACCUUGAUGUCUUUCAUUGGUUUUAUGUUUUUAAAUAUGUAAAUGCAUAUUUGAUUUGUGUGUGUGAGAAACUGGUCUUUUAUACUUUCCUGUUUUUUUAUUUUAAUUGUAUUAUUAUUUUACACUACAUUUCAAUACCUGAGUGUAUUUGGUCACAAACUUUUUUUUUUUUUAUGAUUUGAAGGAUUGUCAAGGCAAAUCUUCAGGACCUACCCUAUUAUGUCCUUGAUAUUUUAUGUACAGUUUUGAAACGGUGUUACCUUUUUAGAAUGCAGAUUUGAAUUAUGUACUCCGGUUUUGUUUUGAUGUUUAAUGCUUGUGUAGUUUUACACCAUUUCACCACAGCCACGCAGAAUAACUAAGAGGUGUUCCAUUGUCAUUUUAUUUCGAAUGUUGCUCUGAAUAGUGACUUCCCAAAGCAUCUGGCUGUGACUCAGUUUGCUCGUCACUGGUGUGCUGAUCAUGCUUUGUCAUGUUGAUGUACAAUCCUUUAUUUCUUCUUUUCACAGAAAAUGUAUAGUUGUCUGUUUUUCAAAGGCUUUGUAAAUAAGUUUUAACCAGCUAAUUGCACUGUUUUAAUAUUAAACAUUCAAAUAUGA